AUGGCCGGAUAUAGUUUUGGAGGUCUAAUACACGAGAUUCCUGGCUUGGGGAUCGACAAGUUCAAUACUGGGGCGUCUGUAUUUCUCUUGACACAUUCCCAUUCCGAUCAUUUGGCGGGUCUAGACAAUUUAAGCUUUGGGGGAAUAGUGUAUUGUUCCAAGGCUACAAAAGAACUUCUUGCAACCGAUAAGGGCCUCCACCAGAAUAUACACCGAGUUAAAGGGUUAGAUUUGGACCGACAGUAUGAUAUAGAGGUUCAGAAUCAGACUAUCAAAUUGACUUUGAUAGAUGCAUAUCAUUGUCCUGGCGCCGUAUUAUUUUUGAUAGAAACUGGAACAGUGUCUAUUCUUUGUACUGGAGAUCUUAGGGCAGAAAAGUGGUGGCUAGAUUCGAUUGGGAAGAAUCCAUAUUUGUUCCCAUACACCACGAACUUGAAGACAUUGGACACGAUAUAUCUAGAUACGACGUUUGGAUAUAGAGGUGAACCUUACAUAGAGAUGCCCAGCAACAAUGAUGGUAUACGUGUUGCUAUUCUGUUGCUAGAUGCAUAUCCUAAAGAUGAUCCAGAGCUUGAAUUCUGGUUUGUAGAUACUGUUCUCGGGUUUGAGGAGGCAUGGGUGCAAAUAGCUAAAAGUUUUGGAGGAAGAAUACAAUUACAAGAUAAGAAGCUCAUCAGAAGAAUGGAAUGUUUAGGGGGCGUUUAUGAAGAUAUAAUGCAAUCUAUGGAUAGUUCACAACGUCUGGAAGUACCGUCACCUCCAAUCUUCCAUGUAGGCAGGCCCUCAAACCAUCAUUCAAUAUUUCCUAUUCGUAUCAAACAGUGUAUCGAUUUUAAUGCAGUUGACUUCACAGGAGUUUUUUGCCCUAUACUGCUCGAUUGUUUGGACGAAGAGGAGAUAAGUAAGAGUAUGGAGCUUCUUCAUACGACGAGUCUUGGCCACGAAGUGUACCGAUUUCGGGGGCGAACCUGGAUUCUUCCAUUAAACUCUCGGGAACUUCUUCCUACAGAAAUCAAAUUAAUAUUUUCGAGACAUUCAUCAUAUUCUGAAUGUGUUGAACUAGUCUCCAAGUUUAGACCGAGACAAGUUUAUCCAUGUACAGACUCCAGAAACAUGUGGCAAAGAGGAUUUCAAAUGCUGCGGGUAUUUGGUAAAUGGUGUGAGACUAAAGUGCAACCACCAACCCCACAACAAUUCAGAUAUGAUACCGAGAGACUUAUAGAGUGGGGGCCACCUGCAGCUGGAAUUCAAGAGAGACAAGUCAAGUGUAUUGAUCGGUGGGACUUGGAAAGUUGUAAAAAGGAGAUGCAAAUAGUUCAGGAAAUUAUCAAUGAUCCCUUCCCACUACAUAUAAGAGGUCAACAUUGGACAUCAAAGUUUGGGAACCCUCACUAUUCCGAGGAUGAUAGGAAGGUUAACUUUGCUAGGAAGAAGGACUUCCAACUACAGAAUAUUGUCAUUGGUAGGGGUGAAAGGGCAUACCGACGGAUCAUUGAAGAUUUGCAAAACGUUUAUCGGAAUGUGAACUUGGAUAAGGGAAAAGAUUACAUUACCCAGGAAGCGGAAAACAUCGAUGUGGAUAUUCAUGAAGUCGACUAUGAUGUAAAGGUUGCAAAAUUAGGAGGAUUGGACAAUUAUAAUUAUGACAAGAGUAGUAAGAGCAGUAACAGCAGUAACAGCAGUAGUUGCGACUACCUGCAAGACGACACCGAUGUUGACGAUGAGGAUGACGAGUAUCAAGAUGUCAAUAACGGGGGAAUUCUACCACCUUCUCAGGGGAUAAUGGUGGGGAGUCUCACUCUCAAACGCCGAGCAACAUUUUCUGCUGGACCUCUGCUUCAACGACGAAGGACAAAUGAGAUCUCAUUUUCCGAUACAUGUAAGAUCUUAUCUACAUUUGGUUCCAUGGAGACAUCGUUUUCGAUUCAAUUUGAAGAAUCUAGAACAAAGGAGACCCAAGAAAUCAAACCAGAAACUGAGAAGGUGAUAGAAAAAGUUUCGGAGACUUUGAGAGAAAACUCCAUAACUUGGAUAGGUAUGGGAUUGAAGUCAAUACAAAGGGCAAAUUUAUCGUGA